AUGACGAAUCAGGAGCCGAGGGAUGUAACAUGCAAGAAAGUAGUGUGGACUAUCAAUAACUUUAGUACAUUGCGGACCAAUCACCAACACCAUUCCGAGGUUUUCACUAUGGGCCGUUGUGCUUGGAAAAUUGCUUUAUACCGAGGAAGACAAGAUGGGAAGUAUUUGGCUAUAUUUUUGGAAGUAGCUGAUCUUUCGGCUUUGCCUCAUGGUUGGAGUAUAUCUGCAGCCUACACGUUCACGGUGGUCAAUCAAGCUUCCAUUGAAAAAUCUGAACGACGAGCUUUCUACAAAAAGUUCUGCGCAGAUAGUAAUAGUUGGGGUUAUCCAUCUUUUAUGGAUUUGGCUACACUUCAGAACCCAUCUAAUGGCUACAUUUUGAAUGAUAUAUGUAUUGUUGAAGUUGAAUUUUCUGAAGUAAGCUCUGAAGGCACUCAAAUUGUGGGACAAAUAGAGAAAGCGUUGGUCCCAAAGGAUGAUGAUGCCAUUGAGUUCAAGGAUUUGGGACAAAUAGAGAAAGCAUUGGUUCCUCUGUUAGAGGAGGCUUGUUUGUGGCAUCCUUCGUUGAUGGACUAUAAGCAAAGGAGAAGUCGUAAGUGUACUGAAUGGGCAUUUACUGCAUUGGGUCGGGUUCUGCAAUUUCUAAAGAACAAGAAGUGGAAAGAUAUGAAUGAGAAGGCAUGUGAGCAGCUUCAACAACUGUGGGAGGAGCUUGAGAUGAGUAAGUUGGACUUGAGUUGGCUAGAGCCUCUUGUCAAAUCAGCUAUAAAUAUGAAAGGAUAUGCUGAUAAGGUAGAAAAAGUGAAGAAGUUGAAGCAAGAGUUAGUGGUUCUGGAGAUAGAGAUGAAAAAGAUAAAGGAAAAGCUGGUUGACACGGAACAAAGCGCUGAGAUGACAAGAAAAGAACUGACGAAUGCGGAACAAGACUUUGAAGAGAAGGAUUUAGAUGCAAAUAUCGGAUAUGGGAAGACCCAAUCCGAUAGCACUAAUAUUAUUUGA